AUGACGACUGAGCCAUGCGAGAUAGAUUGCACCAUUCAGAACUACCCGACCUUCCCGUACGGGCCAGGAGCCGAGAGCCUGUUCUCAAAAGUGCUGCCCUUCAUGCUGUCGGCGAUGGUGGUGGCGAUCUCCUGGCUAGCCGGGCGUUUCAUCGAUAAGAUCGAGGUCUCUACGCCAGGAGCCAUGACGAGGGUGAAGUCGGGCACGAUCGGGCAGUCGGUGAAAAGGUCGGCAUCUCACGACAAGUCUGACAGCCAUGGGUUCCACUCGAACGCCAGCAGAGGCGUCGGCCGUUCGGGAGUCAAGAUGCUGGAGGGGGUGCAGGAGCUGGACGGGAUUAGUGCCCGGGACGACGAGCAGAACCGCCUGUACAACGAGGAGUACGGCUCUCAGGCUUCGCAGGAGGACGGGGAAAGGUACGACGCUCUCGGAGACUCACCCGGCGCGCAGGGCCCCAGCUCCCAGGGCCCGCGCUCCCCCAGCGUCUACAGCCACUUCAGCCAGUCCGUCUUCUCCCAGUCCGCGUACGGCCCUAGCGCGUACGGCCCGAGCCAACGCUCCCGGGCGUCGGGUAGCAUCUACGGCCAUAGCCAGUAUGGGGACGGGUCGAGCCUGGGGGGAUCGCAGUACCCAGGGCCGGUGCCGAGCCACUUCGGCGCGAGCCAGAUGAGUAGCGAUCGGACGUCCUACCACGCGUCCAACGGGGGCGGCAGCAGCAACGGCGCCGGGGGGAUCCCGGCCGGCGUGAACGCGGGGCGCGGGGGGGGGGAGAUCGUGGCGCACGGCGUCGGCCACCGUCAGAUCCCCGCGCCGUACGGCGGCGGCGGGGACGGGACGGCGGCGGCGGGAGGGGCGGCCCGGAUGCUGCCGCCGCCAACGUACAACCCGAACCCGUACCCGCACCGGUCCACCAGCGGAGUGCCUAGGGGGCACGGGUUGGGCGGCAGCGGCUUGGUGGGGGUGGGGAUGGGAGGGGCGGCGGCUACCGCCGCGGCGGCUGCGGCUGCCGCGGCCACGGCCGCGGCUGUGGCGCACGAGGCGUCUGGGUUCAAUCUUGGGAGCCCGCCUCCGUAUUCGCAAGCGGCGUCCACGCUGCCGAAGGAGCCGCGGCCUUCUGUUGACUCACGACCUUCGCUUGAUGGACCGCAGGCCUGGACGACCGUAGACGGGCAAGAACGAAGACCAAACCAGGCCCUUCCAGCGGCAGCGGCUGCGGCAGCAGCGAGGGGCGGCAGCGCUGCGUCCGGAUUUGCGCCGUCGUCGUCGGCCACCAAGGGGCCGGUGCCGGCGGGCGCCGCUCCCGCGUCAAGCGGCCGCAGCGGCGGGGGCAGCGGCUCCGUUUCGGCGCCUGGCCCAAGUAGUGGUUUUGGAGAGUCCGAGUCUGAGCCAGGCUCGGUUCCCUCCACGUUCCGCGGUUGAUACUUACGAGGGGGCAGGCUUAACCGGUAGGGCGCGAUAUGCGCAGGCGUUUUGGUUAGGAAGCGGCAGGAAGAUUUUUCGGUGGGGUCCCCGCCCGGGGGGGGCGGGGCUUGAUAGCUUUUGGGGUUGUCAGAGAUGCGUCCUUGGAUCUAAGGCGUUGGCGUUGUGUGCUACGUUGGUAGUUGUGGCGAGUGUGUGAGGCAGACCCACACACAAAAAAAGCGGGGGAUACUAGUGUAAGAGUGCCACGUGCGACCCCUGCCGUGCGAUCUUGAAAAGGGCGUCCUGAGGCUUUUAUGUGACUAGCACGCAUCGUGCUCGGUCCGUGAAGUGUCUCUCGUGGUUAGUUGCUGCCUGUAGCUGCUGCCGCCGUCGCCGUCGCCGUCGCCGCUUUUGUCUCCCGUGAAGACGCUCUGCCAGCAGUGAUGGCGCGGCGAGCUAAGCUAAAUAGCUGUUGCUGCUUUCGUUGACCGGUAGCUGUUGGGGCACCUAGCGCCGUUUUCGACCCGAGGACAACCCUGCUGUGUGUUGGCGUUUCCGCUUCCUCCGCGUCUUGACCCCGAUUUUGUAAAAACGGUCGUGUAUCGUUUUGUUCGGGGGGGGGGGAGGGUCUAGUGUGACGGCCUGUCCUGUUCUCAUAUUUCCGUCAGCGGAAGCGUCUCGUAGUUGGAGUUCUGCCCUGUGUGAAUUGAUCGCGCCGCGGUUUGACAGACGCCUACCACGGUUAUGCCGGCCGUAAACCGAGAGAUAGAGAGGGGGGUGGGGGGGGAAUGUAGCUGGGAACGAGGCGUGUUCCUUUUCUUUUGUCCAAUCUGUCUGUCCCCAUCGUGGGGCGCGUCAGCGUCAGAACGGCGAAAUUUUUUCCUCGUUUUUUUUCUGUUUUUUGGUUGUUGUUUCUCGCCUUAGGUUGUACCACGGGUGUAGGGCGCGGCGGCCUUCCCCCGAGGGUGGUCGGGCCAGUUGAAAAGCCAGUCUGGGAAAAAAAAACUGACCUUGCCUCCACUUGUUGUACGAACGAAGCUCGGAGCUUUUUUCAAUUGAAAUGUUUAGUUUCCUUCAGCCCCGGCGUGGCCGCGCGCGGGGGAAGGGACGUUGUUGAAGAUGGCCGCGCGCGUGCGCAUGCUGCACGUGAUGGACAGCACGUCUCGAUAGAUAUUUGUCUCUCACUCUUAUUUGAUGCCGGUGAAGUACGGAAGAAAGGAAGCGGUUGGGGUGUGUGGGGGCUUCCCGCGGGGGUCUUUUAGCGCGCGAAGUUCGCGCCUUGUUUGAUAUGCGCUGUGCGCCUAUCACUCAUUGGCGUGGCUGCCCCCCCCCCAGCCCCGUUCCUCUUUCGGCGGAACUAAAUGCUGGUGUUGUUGCUGCUGUGUUCCGUUAGCGUGCGUGGUGCGGUGAAGUUGAGAUAAAUGUCCCUUGCUUUUUGUUUUGCUUAGAGGAGCAUCCCCGGAAACUGACUGUACCGUAGCUGUACUGCUGUAUCACGCGCGUCCGUUGAAAACUACAACAGAUUGCCGGCGAAGAGUAGCUGGUCUUGCUGUCUUGUAGCGGCGUAUGUCGGGGGGUUAGGGAGACGUAUAAGGGUAGCGAGCCGCGUUGUGCCUUCCUUUUCCAUGCUGCUGUGUCCCUCCCUAUGUUUUUCGUUUUUUCGUUUUUCCCAUGUUCAUUUGCUCUCCUCGACUUUCAGUUGAGGACCAUAGUAUGUCUGAUCCGUCCAUAUUUUUAAGCAGCUAGCUCUUGUUCACAGUAUGUUAGCCUUGUUUCCACGUCCUCGCUGCUGUUCGUGCUAGUUAAUGCAAUUAAUGUGGUUUUACGGUUUUCCGGCUUAGCUGUCUGGGUCUCAACUCCCCCCCCCCCGCCAUUGCUAUCACUACUUCCCAGCUUGCCUGCUUUAGCUCUCGGUGUGCGGUUUACUGUUGGGCUCUGCAAGAGAUCGUUGUGGGACGGGGGGCGUUAUCUCGGGUUCGGAUACGCGGAAACGCAAGGUCCGUGCGCGUAUGUAAAGUAAAAAUAUAAUGUUGGGGUCCCCCAUGUCGCACCUGUCAUGUUUCGGGUUUUGGUCACACGCGGACAGAUCGAUUUGAACGUACGUGCGUAUGUGCGGGCGGUACGUGUUUUUACCUGCCUGCUGCGUGCCUGCUUUGUUGGCUGUUUCUUUGUCCUCUGUUUUUUGUUUUCUUUCUUUUUUUUUGUGAACAAACCAAUGAAAAAAUGAAAACGUACAAGUACGUGUUUGUUAAUUGUGUGCGUUGUCGAGCGCAGCUUGCCUGUCAAGGCACGUGUUUUUGCUUUUUUGCUUUGUCCUCCCCGUCGUUGGCACCGCGACAAUGUUGUUCUUCCCUUUCCGCCAUGUAAUCUCUGCUCUGUAUCUACUUCGUGUUGACCUGUCGUUAUUUAUUUUUCUUCACGGACGGAACGACUGCCUCUUGCGACGACCAUGCGAGGCAAGAGGAAGAUCUAAAGAACACGCCCACUAUUAUUAGCAGAAAAGGGUAGAGAGAGAGAGAAAAGGUGCCCGCAGUUUUCUGAUUGGUCAAUUUUUUUGACAGGAAAUUUCCUUUGGUCGAAAAUUCCAUGGUCGACCGAUGACGUCAGCCACGGUUGUGACGUCACUUCUCGUGAAAUCUCGAAAAAUUCA